GCGCUAUUUUGCAGAGAGAGAGAGAGAGAGAGAGAGAGAGAGAGAGAGAAUCAAGCUUUCGUGUAGUAUUCGUACAGAGAGAGAGAGAGAGAGAGAGAGAGAAUGGCGGAGAGCGGUGGACGGAGGAUAGGAGUGGCGGUGGAUUUCUCGGAGUGCAGCAAGAAGGCUCUGAACUGGGCGAUCGAGAACUUGGUUCGCGACGGAGAUUAUCUAAUCCUCAUCACCGUGGCCCCCAACAUGAAUUACGAGGAAGGCGAGAUGCAGCUCUGGGAGACCGUCGGAUCACCGUUGAUUCCACUGAGUGAGGUAUCUGAAGCUUCCGUGAUGAAGAAGUAUGGAGUGAAGCCAGAUGCUGAAACCCUUGACAUUGCCAACACUGCCGCUAGGCAGAAGUCGAUUACAGUAGUGAUGAAGAUAUACUGGGGGGAUCCUCGUGAGAAGAUUUGUGAAGCUGUUGAACAUAUCCCUCUCUCUAGCCUUGUCAUCGGUAACCGUGGCCUUGGUGGCCUUAAGAGGAUGAUAAUGGGAAGUGUUAGCAACCAUGUUGUCAACACCGUUGCUUGCCCUGUCACCGUCGUCAAGUCCCACCACUGAGCUUUGUCUUAGAAUGACCUGUGGUGUAUGUUCUAAGCUUUGUGUGUUGUUGGUUGUGUCUUAAAUUCUAUUUUCAAACUCUUGUAUGUUGUGCAUCUUAUAUGUGUUAAUGGGGGUAAAAAAAUACUUCACCUUCUAAUAAAAUAGACUCUUUUGUGAGAGUUUUAGACCAA